UCCGUGGCAGCAUGUUUCUGAAAUUUCAGACGGAAUAGUAUGGUUUCACUUUUCUCUUAUGAGAAAGGCUUCAGGAGAUGAAGAAAAGGGGUCGUCUCCCGGAAGUGAAGCACACAGUGAUGACACUGAACAUUGAUAAUGAUUUCUCAUUGAUCAGAUGUGUAUCGUCUGUCAGAGCGCGUGAGGAGUGAUUAUGGGGAAGGGCUGUAAGGUGGUGGUUUGUGGGAUGGCAUCUGUGGGGAAAACAGCCAUCCUGGAGCAGUUACUGUACGGCUCUCACACUGUAGGUGCAGACACAAGCGACACUCAGGAGGACAUAUACGUGGCGUCUGUGGAGACGGACCGCGGCGUGAGGGAGCAGUUACGCCUCUACGACACAAGAGGACUGCGAGAGGGGCUGGAGUUACCCAAACACUUCUUCUCAGUGGCGGACGGCUUCGUGCUGGUCUACAGCAUCGACAGCCUGGAGUCCUUCAGAAGAGUCGAGCUCUUGAAGAAGGAGAUCGACAAGUCCAGAGACAAAAAAGAGGUGAUGGUGAUGGUGCUGGGGAAUAAGUGUGACCUGCGCGAGCGGAGGCAGGUGGAUCAGGACGCGGCGCAGCAGUGGGCGCGCGGAGAGAAGCUCAAACUCUGGGAGGUGACCGUCACAGACAGAAGAUCUUUGAUCGAACCCUUCACCAGCCUCACCAGCCGCCUCACUCAACCCCAGAGCAAGUCUGCCUUCCCUCUGCCCGGCCGCAAGAGCAAGGGCACGCCGUCCAGCGACAUCUGAGCAGCUCACACUACCACACAUCAGCACUAGGCUCAGCUCUCUAGACUUACGUUCUCUCUGUACUUUAGAAGAUUAAGGGCUUCUAGUGGAAGAGGUUCGCUAGGACUAGAUCUGUUCACACUCAGAAAUACAUGCACUUAAUCUAUUUUGUUGUUGUUGUAUUUGUGCGCACUGAUGG